AUGGUCCUCGACGACCUCGGCGCGGAGCCCGGCGCGGCGGCGCUGAUGGGCUCCGCGGAUCCGCGCGUGGCGGCGCAGGCGCGCGCGCAGCAGCGGAAGAAGGGGAAGAGCAAGUGGGGAGACACUGCUUUCGGGGGCGUGGAGGACGUGGCGCGCGCCGAGGAGGACUUCCAGGGCGAGGAGGAGGAGCAGGAGGCAAUGGAGCCGUUCAACCUGCAGCAGGAGCGCGAGGAGGGGUACUUUGAUGCCGAGGGCAACUAUGUGGAAUACAGAGAGGACACCGAGGCCACGGUGAGUGCAGGGAGGGAAGAGAGGCCACGCACGGCAGCACCACGCACCCUGGCAGUGGUGUGGCCCCUCUCAUGCCGUUCUCCCCUCUCGUGCACUCCUCUCCUCCCCUCUCCCCGUUUCCUCUCUCCCCCCAUCCUCUCACACUCCCUCCCCCCCUUGCAGGAUGGCUGGCUGGCGGCCAAGGCAGCAGCGCGCACAGGCAGCAGCGCGCACAGGCAGCAGCGCGCACAGGCAGCAGCGCGCACAGGCAGCAGCGCGACCCCUUCACAUUCUCACCUCCCAUCUUCCCCGCCUCUCCUUUGCCCAUCUCCCCCCUCUUCCCAUCUCCCUCUUCCCCCUCCCACGACGCAUGGCCGGCAACAGCAGAGGUGGGCCCCACCUUGGCCGCCAAGGCAGCAGCACGACCCCUCCACGCAUACUCACUCCAGCACGAGCAUGGAGGAUGGCAGCGACGCCGACGACUGGGAGGAGCCCGCCCGCCACGCCGCCAACGGCGCCGCGGAGGCGAUCGGCAACGACUCCGCUGAAGCCGCGUCUCCGGCCGGCACGGACCGCCGCGACUCCCCCAGUCGCGACGACUCGCAGUCGCAAUCGCCGUCGCGGUCGUCGCGAUCGUUGUCGUCGCAGUCGUCUAGGUCGUCGGCGUCGUCGCGAUCAUCGCACAGCGACGCGGAGAGUGAAGAUCGAGGCGCUGGGGACGAGAGGAGGGAAGGCAAUGGGGAGAGAGAGGAGGAGAAGGAAGGCGGGUAUGACGGGGAAGGGCUAGACGGGGAUGUGAAGGGCAGCGGUGUCGAGGAGUCGACGGGACGAGACCCGCAGGGUGAUGCGCGCGAGGGCGGCGAGCAGGGGGGGAUGGCGGAUGGGGGGACGGGGCUGGGCGUGACCCUGGACUUUGACGAGGACGAUGGGAGUGACUAUAGCGAGUCCAGCGACGGCGAGGGAGGCGGGUCGGGGAGUGACAGAAGCGGAGAGGAGUGGCAAGUAAACGAGGGGGGGGAGCAGGAGCAUGCGAGUGGCGUGAAGCGGAAGGAGCGAGGCGCGGGCGAGGCAGCAGAGGGGGAUGAGCGGCCGGCGAAGCGGAUGGAGGCAGGUGAGGGCGGGGCAGGCGGGGCGGAGGGUGAGGGGCUGCUGGUGCGCGUGGUGGCGGACCACUACAGCCGGCGCGACAACCAGCAGCGGCACGAGCGCGAGGCGAGUCCCAUCAUCCACCUGAAGAAGCUCAACAACUGGAUCAAGUCCGUGCUCAUCCGCCUCCACACCCACCCCGCCCGUGGCGCGCGCGUGCUGGACCUGGCGUGCGCGGAAGGGCGGCGACCUGACCAAGGCUCCGUGCACGACGCCAUGGCGCGCUACAACGGCGACUCGCACCGCUCCUUCGCCGGGGGAGACGGGGCGGACAGCGACCGGCGGCAGAUGCGGUUCCCGGCGAAGCUGGCGUGUGCGGACUGCUUCGGCGUGGCGCUGGACCGCGAGCUGCUGCCGUGGGCGCCCUUUGACAUCUGCUCCACGCAGUUCGCGCUGCACUACUCCUUCGAGACCGAGCAGCGCGCUCGCUGCGGGCUGCGCAACAUCGCGGCGCUGCUGCGGCCGGGCGGCAUGUUCAUCGGCACCAUCCCCGACGCCAACGUGCUCGUGCAGAAAUUACGAGCCUCGCCGAACCUCAGGUUCGGCAACUCCGUCUACUCGAUAGAAUUCGCCCCGGAGUUCGCAGACAAGAAGUUCCCGUCAACCCGGCCGUACGGCAUCCGGUACGAGUUCCGGCUGGAGGACGCGGUGGACUGCCCCGAGUGGCUCGUGCCGUUCGCCUUCCUGCAGCGCCUGGCGGGCGAGUACGGGCUGCAGGCACUCUACCACGCCAACUUCCACACCUUCAUCAAGACGCACGCCGCCGUCGAGCCGCACGCGUCGCUGCUGCGCCGCAUUGCGGGCGAGCGGUGGCGCGAGGAGAUGACGGCGGACGAGUGGGACGCUGCUUACCUCUACUGCGUGUUUGUCUUCCGCAAGGAGGGCCAAGGGGGCCUGAGGGGGGUGGCGCUGCAGGGGAGAGGAGGGAGGAGUUCCGCCAUUGCCGUUCCCUGUCGCGCACGCCACACGCGCCGGCAUGGGCGAUUUCCCCCCCCAUCCUCGCCACCGCCCACGCGCGCUCUCUCUUCUUCUUGCCGCUCCGCUGCUCCUCCUCCUCCCGCGCUCGCGUGCGUUAGCCCUCCUCCCCCACUCGCCUCACUCCUUUCCUCCCUGUCCCUCGCCCUCCCCGCUCUCUCCGCGUGCUUCUCCUCUCCCCUUCCUCCGCCCCCGCCGCUGCUUCCCAUCCCCACGGCGCGCCAGCUGACACGUCAGCGUGCUGAGCUGGCGGCGUUCUUCCACGUGGGCAUGAACACGUUCACGGACCGCGAGUGGGGCACGGGGCGCGAGGACCCGCGGCUGUUCAACCCGGCGGCGCUCAACGCGUCGCAGUGGGUCGACACCGUCAAGGCCGCCGGCUUCCAGUUCUCGUCUCUCAUUGUCCGCAUCAUCUCUACGUCUUCCCGCAUCCCCCCUCUUCCCGCAUCCCCCUCUUCCCCCAUCCCCCCUCUUCCCCAUCCCCCCUCUUCCCGCAUCCCCCCUCUUCCCGCAUCCCCUCUCUUCCCCACAACCAGCGCCGCUCCACUAUCUCCCGUGGUGCAGCCCCACAUCCCACCCUCCUUAACCACCCAUAACCCAUCCGCCACCUGCAGCUACCUGAACCACGGUGACGUGGCGGGCACGGAUUGGAUGCCAGCGGAGUGUGACGUGUCCAUCCGCCCGGGGUGGUUCUGGCACCCCUCAGAGCGCCCCAAGCCGCUCGCCCGCCUGCUGGACCUCUAUUUCGCCUCGGUGGGGCGCGGGUGUGCGCUGCUGCUGAACGUGCCGCCCAACACCACGGGGCUGCUGCAUGGGGAGGACGUGCAGCGCGUGGGACAGUUUGGCCCCGCGCUGCAAGUGCUGUUCCAGGAGGACGUCAGCGCCGGUGCUCGCGUGCUCGCCAGCAGCGUGUAUGGCUGCGAGGGGGGUGGAGGCAGAAGGAAGGAGGAGAGGAGAGGGGUUACGAAGGGAAUGGUUUGGGAUGGGGUUAUGGGGAUGGUGGGGGGGUGGGUGCGAGGGAGAGGGCGGUGUGAUUACGGGCCUGAGAACGUGCUGAGUGCUGGAGAUGCAACCUUCUGGGCGGCUCAGGAUGGGGUGCUGUCUGCUACUCUUGAGUUCGACCUCGGGCAGGGAAAAACUUUCCAUGUGGUUCGGCUGGAGGAGCCUGUGGCGUAUGGGCAGAGAAUAAAAUCGUUCACUGUAGAGGUGAUCGACCCAGACCCUGCUGCUGCACCCGCCGCCGCUCCAGCUGCCCCUGUGGCCCAAGUUGGUGGUGCCGGUGCUGGCGGGUGUGGGCCAGGCGGGUGCAAUACCGAGGAUGGUGUGCUGCCGUCCCUGCCUGGUGUGCCGAGCCUGGGUGAGCCUGCGCUCCACACAUCGCAUGGCCCGCAAGCGGCAGCACGCAGCAUGCUGGAGAGGACGGGGAGUGCGGGGAGGGCGGGCGAGUGGAGGGUGGUGGCGAGGGGCAGCACGGUGGGGCGCAAGAGGCUGUUUCGGUUGGAAGCGGUGAGAGCGCAGCAUGUGAGGCUCGUCAUUCACGAUGCCAGGGCUGCCCCGCUGCUCUCCUUCUUUGCGCUCUACAGGAGUGGUGAUUUGAGCACCAUAUGA